AUGUGCUACCACUGCUCAGACCGCACAUUGCUCAGUGAUCCUGUCUGCAUUACACGUAAAGCGAAAAUUCUUACAACUACAGGAAUUGUCCAAGAUAUUUCAACCUACUACAAAUUCUGUCCUCUCUGUGGAAUGGUGUACCGUUACCAAGAGUGGGGUAACGGUUUACAUAAUUUCAAUGACCAUGUCCUCCUUGAACUCUCUCUCUGCCUCACCAUAAGAAACCUGUUGCAGGUGCAUACAGCAGUCAGCAGAGUAGUGGAGUACUUGGAGGUGACUACAGGUGUACAGUUCCCCUCAGCAGAUACUGUUCUCCAUGGCUAUCUCCACUUUGAGGCCCUAACUGACCAUGAAUAUCAGUAUUCAUGUGUGUCUUGUGACCAUCCGCCUGUGGUCAUAAUGGACCUCCACAAGAAGGCAUCCUUUCAUCUCUCCGUGAGUGACCUUUCACAACCUCCACAAGAUUUUAAUGGAGAGGUGGAUUUAGAUCUGUUUUGGAAGGCACUGACAGAAGAACGGAUUGCUCGAGGAUUUUUUUCAAGCCAAAAAAACAACCCAUUUUGUGUUCCACCUAGUUACAACUUUUGGGCACCCUGGAUUGGGAGUAAGACGCGCAGAGCGAAUGUUGUUCUCAACACUGAAUUUGAGAAAGUGCACAAAGCUAAAACUGCAGACCGGACAGAAAUAACUGUCUCUGAAGAUCGCUUAAAAGACGAACUUUCGAAACAGAAAGUGGAAGUGAUAAGAAGACUGUGUCAAGAGUGUGGUUUAGAUGCCAAAGGCUCUCGCACAGAUCUACUCCUGCGACUUUCGGAGGAGAUGAGGUCAAAGGAGGCCUAUGACAAGGUUUUUGAAAAGAUUUGGGCUGCUUCAGGAGGUUGGGCUGUCAUCAUGUGCCCUUGUGGCAUAGUGUACAGUAUAAAAUGUAAUCUGCGAGCAGAAAGUCCACAGGAUUUUGCAGAUAUGCUUCUGUCUUGGAGGCAUCUGCCUAAUAUUGUAAUAUACGACUUUGCCCGUGGACUGUCCACCCACACAAACCUGAGGCAACCCAUAACUUUCACACCUUUCGAAGGAAGGUUACUCGAACCAACCCCUGAAAAUAUUACAAAAGCAAAAUCAGGAAACCUACAGGUUACACUGCCGUGGCUCACUGCAAAAAAGCAAAGUCCAGAUCCAGAUGGUCAUCCAAUAACUGGUUCUGCAGAACACUAUGUUCUGUAUGACCGCUUUCACGAAGACAACACAAAAGACCCUCGUGAUUCACUGAGGAAGCUUCGUCUUGCGCCUCAACUAGCUGGCAAAGUUAACAGUCAGGCUGCAGAACAGCUUUUUUCAAAGCUAAAGAAAAAUAACUACUUUAUGAACAUAGCUUUGCCAUCCACACAUGUUUUCCUCAUGCGAAACAUCAUCCACCAUUACAAUGUCAGAAAAAAUUAG